AUGGAUGCUCUCACCAACAGUGUGGGAGCUAACCCACGCCUCAAACAAAAACCGGUGCAGGCAAAACUUCCGAACCCUGGCAGCAAAGCUUGGUUCAAAAAUCUGCCUGCUGAUACGGGUCAGCAGCAGAAACCAGUCUCCAAGGCCAAAAAUUGGCAACGGGAUUUGUGUGCUGAGGGCGUUGAGCCAAAUCCAGGACCCCGAGCUCAUCGCAGACGUUUGACAAAACUUAGGAUUUGCAGCGUCAACAUUGCAGGUAAGGAAAACUUGUGGAGCGCCCUGCCCCACCUGAAACCUAAGGAAUUCGAUGUGGUUUGUCUUCAGGAAGCCAACAUGUCUGAUGUCGAAAUUAAGGUCUUGGCAGCUGCUGCUUGGAAAUCAGGUUGGGUCACCUUCGCUUUGUCCAACAAGUGCUGCCGGGGAAUGAUAACUAUGGUUGGUAAACACCUGAAAAGUCGCAUUGCUCACCAACUGGAUACCUCUGGGGGGCAGUUGUUAGGCGUUCAGGUCGGUCACAUGUGGGUGGGCAACGUGUAUUGUGCCCAUCAUCCUGAAAGAGAAGCUUUCAAGACGGAAGCUUUCCAGCUGUGUCACUCAUGGUCCCCGAAUGUUUGGACUCUUGUGGGUGAUUUCAAUGACACCCCUGAGGAAUCGCCUUUGGCCUUUGGCCUUACCUCUUCAGGUUACAGCUCUUGUUUGCCACCUCCUGGGGUUAGCAGUAGAUGGGAAAGCCAACGGGUCAUCGAUUUUGCGAUUUGCAACGGUAUUAUCUUGGACUCCACUUUGAAGAUGUGCCCCGAACGUUACAGUGAUCACAAAGCUUUUUACUUUGACGUCAAAGCUGAAGGUGCAGAUGGGGCUCUUACUAAGGUUGUGAUGGUUCCAGCAAACGUGUAUUUGCCUCAAGAUACCGACCGAGGUAUCGAUUGGACAGAACGCCUGGCGGAUGCCUGGCAACAAAAUAGACAAGUUUGGCAGGAAAUUAAAGUGAAAGCUGAACAAGAAAUCCGCGAAGCCGACAACAUGUCAGAAGCGGUCAAACAGCAUAAAAGUGAUCGAAUUUGGGACCACCUGAAUUUGUUACUCGAAACGUUUCUUCAGAAACAGGCUCAGUGGGCUCAGGAACAUGAGUUGCCUAUGCUCAGUGAGGCCGAGAGAAGACAGCAUCAUGACAACGCUGUUGAGAAUUCUAAGGAUCUUCAAAAGCUUUGGAAGCGCAUCCGCAGAUGCCCUCUGUACCAAGCAGGAAUGACUGCCAAGGAUGCCGAAACUGAGGUUCAGCGUCAAACCGAUGCGAGCCGGCAGCGCAGACUUAGCAAUUGGAAGGUUCGCUUGCAGCAAGAUAACGCUCAGGUCUUUCGAUGGGUGCGGUCCUCCGAAUCGGCGCCCACUGUUACCUUGUAUGACGACGAAGUCGAUCCUGACGACCCAUGGACAGCUCUGGUGCCUUGGUCAAAAUCGAAUCCUUUUGGCAGAGAGUUUGGAACCGUGACAAUAGCGAUGCUUGGACUCCGCAGCAAUAUCUUCGUGAAUAUGGCGGGGCCCCUGAAGUCGAAGAAAAUUGGAGCCCUGUUUCUGCGCAGGCUCUUAGUGCCUCGGCUGCUAGACAAAGACACCGAGCCGGGGGCCCUGACGGCUGGACUGGCAGCGAAAUGGCAGCUUGGCCUUACAACAUGUGGGCUGACCUGGAAUUUGUGUUUCAAGCCUGGGAGCAGCUGGGAUGUUUUCCAAAGUGCUGGCACUUCAUGA